UCCGCGGCCGCCCGCGGUCGAGUGCAGGCGAGAGGAAUUUUCCCCGUGAGCGGCCCCAGCUCAGUUCAGCUGCUGUCCAGACCCGCGUCGGCGACAGUGUCGUCUCCAGCCAUUCUCCUACUGCUCGCUCGCCCGUCCGAGCACCCCAGGCCCUCCCGCGAGGGCGCCCCGGGACGGAAGGAUCCACCAGCCUGUCGGCGCCCGCUGUUCUCGUGGUCGCCGUCGCCGUCGUCGUUGUGGUAGUCUCCGCCGUCGCCUGGGCCAUGGCCAAUUACAUCCACGUCCCGUCCGGCUCCCCGGAGGUGCCCAAGCUGAACGUCACGGUUCAGGAUCAGGAGGAGCAGCGCUGCCGGGAGGGGGCCCUGAGCCUCCUGAAGCACCUGCGGCCGCACUGGGACCCCCAGGAGGUGACUCUGCAGCUCUUCACAGAUGGAAUCACAAAUAAACUUAUCGGCUGUUAUGUGGGUAAUACAAUGGAGGAUGUAGUCCUGGUGAGAAUUUAUGGCAAUAAGACUGAGUUGUUAGUCGAUCGAGAUGAAGAAGUAAAGAGUUUUCGAGUGUUGCAGGCUCAUGGCUGUGCACCACAACUCUACUGUACCUUCAAUAAUGGGCUAUGCUAUGAAUUUAUACAGGGAGAAGCAUUGGAUCCAAAGCAUGUCCGUAACCCAGCCAUUUUCAGGCUAAUAGCUCGUCAGCUUGCUAAAAUUCAUGCUAUCCAUGCACACAAUGGCUGGAUUCCCAAAUCUAAUCUAUGGCUAAAGAUGGGAAAGUAUUUCUCUCUCAUUUCCACAGGAUUUGGAGAUGAAGACAUUAAUAAAAGGUUCCUAAGCAAUAUCCCCAGCUCUCAGAUUCUUCAGGAAGAGAUGACUUGGAUGAAAGAGAUUCUUUCCAACCUGGGCUCACCUGUUGUACUUUGCCAUAAUGACUUAUUGUGUAAGAAUAUAAUCUACAAUGAGAAACAAGGUGAUGUACAGUUCAUUGAUUAUGAAUAUUCUGGAUACAACUACCUGGCAUAUGAUAUCGGAAAUCAUUUCAAUGAAUUUGCAGGUAUGAGUGAUGUAGACUAUAGUCUCUAUCCAGAUAGAGAACUACAAGGCCAGUGGCUGCGUUCUUACCUUGAAGCCUACAAAGAAUAUAAGGGCUUUGGUACUGAAGUUACUGAAAAGGAGGUAGAAAUACUCUUCAUUCAAGUCAAUCAGUUUGCAUUGGCUUCCCAUUUCUUUUGGGGAUUGUGGUCUUUGAUUCAAGCCAAAUACUCUACUAUUGAGUUUGACUUCCUUGGAUAUGCAAUUGUUCGUUUUAACCAGUACUUUAAAAUGAAGCCUGAGGUUACUGCGUUAAAAGUGCCUGAGUAAAGAAGAGAUUUAAUUUUUCUCAAGUAGCUGAGCAAUGCUUGUGAAUCUUUUCUUAAGAAAUUCCAAAAAGCCAAUAUUUGUUAAAAUUCUGUUAUUUUAUUUGGUUAUUUUGCUUUACAAAUUAUGCCUCUUAACAACCAGUCAAUUUUUUAAAUAGACCAAAUAAUGUCAAGAAAUAUACCUACUGCUAUCAAUAUGUGGUGGAGUAGAAAUUUGUUAAAUCUGCAAAAGGUGUAAAGGUGUCAGUUUAAGCCUUUCUUUGAUACUUUAAUCUAUGUUAUAUGUGAAUUAUUUAUUAUAAAUUUAACAUGAUUUUGUGACUGUUUUCAUCUGUUUCAUCUGUUUUGAGUAUAAGCAAUGAAAAUGUUCCAGAGAAAUUCUUUUAAAGUUUUACUUUAAUAGUAUUAAUUUUAGUAAACAUUAUUGUCGUUCAGUAUAACCUUUUUAUCUUGAUGCACUGUAAGUAAAAUGAAUCAUUUUCUUCUGAAAUGCCAGUUGUUGACUGUAUGGAUAACUUGGGAUGUUCAUAUGAAAAUAUCUGUUUAGGAGAGUGAAAUACACUGUCUCUAUUGGUGGUACAUCUUUUUGAAUUGAAUAUUAGGGAGCAUUUCUUUUUUGGGGGGAAUAUAACUUAGAAUUAAUUUCCCCUCUCUUUCAAUAUAAAUAUAAAUAUUUACCAUAUAAUCUUGGAAUAAGUAUAAUGAUUUGAUGUUACCAAAAUAUAUAUUAAGCAAUGUUUUCAAAUGCUAAAC